AUGUCGAUCUCCAGUAACCAGAUUCGCAGUGCGGACAGCAAGAGGCUCUUGACUCCCAAUGAGUGUCAGGGCACCGUAGCAAAGCAGCAACUCGGUGCGGAAACAGGACGCACAACCCUGCAAGGGCCCUCCAAGAAGUCUUCGGGCAUCAUGGCACAGAAUGAAGUUACCACUGUGGUCACAGUCAAGCGUCCGGUGUUUCGCAUCUUCGACCUGCCCGCCGAACUUCGCAGCAACAUAUACGAGCAGUUUGUCGACGACAGAAGCAUCAGUGUCCCUCUCGUCUUCGGCGUGAUUAACCUCGUCUUGAGGCAGCAGCAAGAUUUCGCCCUGCCCACGGUCCCUCAAGGUCUUCUAGCUGCGAUGCCGGAGUGGGCAAGAUCGGCUGGCGCCAUGGUCGUUGAGGUCAACUUGAAGGCACCUCGGUUCUCGACACCUUUCCUCCCAGUAAGACGCACCAAGGAGAUCGAUCAAGUCCACGUAAAGCGCCCAGAGGCGAGCGAAGUCGAGAAGCAAAUCGGACUAUCAGACCUACGAGAAGCUAUGGGAUUCUACUUGGGAGUUUGGGAGAUUGAGCAAGGCGUUUGGGAAUUUCAUGAUUUGGAUCUGAACACAAUUGAGAACGAACAGACCGGUAACGCAGUCGUCGAUUCCGCCACCGGCGCCGGAGAGGCGAGCAUCGCCGCCGGCCAAACCGGAUUCGACUUCCCUGCUCUCCCGCCCGAGCUGAGAAAUGUUCUCUAUGAGCUUCAAGUCCGUCCGCCCACGACCGUCAUCAAGCUCUAUCCACCAAGAGCAACCGACAGCCCUACCCCAGCUCCUGCACUCGCCUUUGCCAGCCACGAGAUUGGAAGGGAGAGCAUGCCACUGCUCUACCAGAACGUGGCCCUGGUCCUCCGACCACAGCCAGACUUCGUGGUGGUGACUUUUCCUCGCAGCCUUCUCCGCGCUAUGCCGAGCUUCGCGCGGUAUGUCAACACGCUUGAGGUGGAAUUCGUGUUCAGGGCGCCACGUCUCGAAACGACGGGUAAUGGGACGGUUUUGGAUUUUCAGAUGAAGUUCGAGAUGGACAGCAAGAAAGGGUUCAAGAUCACUGCGAGCGCCCACGAUCCAAUGACGGAGUAUGACAGGGCAAAGAUCCUCAAGUCGGCGGAAAACAUGGCGAAGGAGGUCAAGGCGUUGUUGUUGGGCUACCUCAACCAGGAUUCGGUCUUGAUGAAGCAGCUGGUCGAGGCUGAGGGUGGUCUAGUCUUCACCUGGACGAAGUGGGUCAACCCAUACUCCGUGUGA